AUGGACGUCAAGCCCCACAAUGCUACCAAGGAGUGGGGUGGUGAUCAGCUCCGUAUCUGCGCCGAAUGCAAGCUCACUUGCCUGGCAUCAAAGCAAGGCGGCGUGAUUGUCCAAGACGAAGCGGGCGAGGGUGUACUUUCCGACGCCCUGCCCAUCUAUGAGUCGUACCAGCACAAGAUGUCAGCCCUCCAAGUGCAACGAAAGCUGUGGGUCGCUUUCGUGCUCAAGCUGUCAAGAGGUCCGGUCGACAUUGAUUUCAAGGCUACACCAUCUCAUAAACAGCAUGACACUUUCAGCGAGUGA